AGUAAUUAUUUAGUACAAAACUUAAAUUAAGUACUUUUAUUUUUCUUAAACUUCUCCUAUUUUUCAUUACCUUAUUUAUCACAAAUUUCUCUCUUUCCUUUUUUGUAGCAAAAAAGUUUCCAUUUUCAUCAUAUGAUACCAACAAAAACUCUGAUCACACUUCAAAGUUCUCAUCUUUUUCACAUUUGAAAACACAUCAAAUCAAAAUUCCCAUCUUCAUUUUGAUCAAAAACACAGAAAUCAGAGAUUUUUCAGGGGAAAUUUUACAGAUUGCAUCUUUUUUUGGGGAAGAUUAUGGAGUAAUUAAGCAUUACUAACCCUGUUUUUUAAGGGAUAAUAAUCCCAGAAUGUGGGUAAGUUUCCAUGGGUUCAGAUUUCAACAUUAUAAACUGGUAUGCAAUUCCUACUAUAUGGGUGAUCAUGAUCUUAAAUUUGUUAAGUUGUUCAUCAUUUUCAUUAGUCAUAAAAAAUGUUACACACAUUAAUUACCCUACUAAUCUAGAUGAUUAUCUCUAUAAUUACUCUUCAAAUUCAUUACCUAAAGAACCUCACACAGGUCUUCUAUACAACAUUUCUCUCCCAGCUAAUUUUUCUGGUAUGAAAGUUUCAGUUUUAAGGUUAAGAAGCAGUACUUUAUGGUAUAAAGGAGCAAAUUUUAGUUCUUUUGAUUUACCACCAAAAACAAUCACAAAACCUUAUGUUAAAAGAUUAGCAUUCAUGUAUGAAAACUUAGGAAAUUUGUCAUCUCAGUAUUUUGAUUUACCUGGGUAUACAAUUGUUACCAAAAUCAUUGGUUUCGCGGUAUAUAAUGCUUCGAGUAGAAGUGGAAAAACGAGCUUAGAAAGGCUGAAUGUUACCUUAAUAGGAGGGGAAGCAAUUAAGGUGAAGUUUUCUCUAGGGGAAAUUUUAUCUAAUGUAAUGAAUAAUACUUCAAAUAAGCUUAAGAAAUGUGUCAGGUUUGAUCUAUUAAAUGGUGUAGUUGAAUUAGCAGAUAUGUUAAAGCCUAAUAUAUGCAUAUCACAAGGUGUAGGGCAUUUUGCUAUAGCAAUGCCUAAAGUUAAUGAUUCGGGUCUGCCACCGCCUUCAUCUUCAACUUCACCUUCGCCAUUGUCAUCUUCUAUAGGCGAAACAAGGAGGAAAACAGAGAAAAGGAUUGCAUUAUGGGUGUGGUGGGUUGUAGGAUUCGCGGGUGGAAUGAUUGGUUUAAUGUUGUUGGUUUUUUGCAUUGUUGUUGGUUACAAAUCAUUUGUGUCAAGGAAGAUUCAAAGAAUGGAAAGAACAUCUGAGAAAAGUGAAUCUCUUGAUGUAAAAUGGAUUGGAAAUAGUAAGCUUCCUUUUGCUCCUGUUACUAGAACUCAAGCUAUCCUUGAGAAUCAUUUAGCUCCUUGAAGUUUUGAUCCUCAGUUUUUAGUAUUCAGAUUUUUCUCAUUUAAAUUUGUUUCUUUUUGUUUAUGUUAUUUGUUUCUUUAAUUAGGAUAUAAUUAGCUUUGUUUCAUGAGUGUCCAAUACUUUUAGUGUGGCAAGUUCUUCAUGAGAAACUGUAAAUUAUUAUCUUCUUUUUAUUUGUUUUUGGGAGCUUAUAUCUUAUUAUUAGAUUGUGAUAUUCCUUAGGUUCAUAUUAUUAUUCAACAAAGAUUAUUCAUAUUAACAAUGCAUUAUCAUAUUCAGUAUGUUUUUUU